GACCUUGGGGCAGACACAUCAGUUGGAGCUCUAUAGUUGAUCUGAUCACAUCCGAGGGACUUGCGGCAAGACGAGAAGCUGAGAUUUAAAGCCGCGCAAAGAAAAAGAGUUCGCUCGCUGCUCUCCUUUUCCGCGUUGAAGACACUUUUUAACUUUUGACUUCUUUCUCUUCGCCUUUUUUGUGGAGUCUCGAUUCUGCUCGUUUCGGGCACGGCGUGGCCACGGAGAUGUCUUUCCCCCAGCUGGGCUACCCACAGUAUUUAAGUGCCUCCCAAGCGGUGUAUGGAGGGGACAGGCCGGGGGUUUUGACUCCCACCAGCCGUGGAGGUAGUGCUGAAAUCGGGUCCAGCCCCACGGCUGCUGCUGCAGCGGUCAGCUCGGUGUUGGGCAUGUAUGCCAACCCGUAUUCCACACAGCAUUACAGCGCUUUUCUGCCCUAUACCAGUGCGGACCUGGCGCUCUUUUCUCAAAUGGGCUCCCAGUACGAUCUGAAGGACAGUCCAGGCGUGCACCCGGCUAGCUUUGCUGCCCACACGUCACCUGCCUUCUACCCCUACGGCCAGUUCCAGUACGGUGACCCAGCCAGGCCCAAAAACGCGACCCGAGAGAGCACCAGCACACUCAAGGCCUGGCUGAACGAGCACCGGAAGAACCCCUACCCCACCAAAGGCGAGAAGAUCAUGCUGGCCAUCAUCACCAAGAUGACCCUCACGCAGGUGUCCACCUGGUUCGCCAACGCCAGGAGGAGACUGAAGAAGGAGAACAAGGUUACGUGGGGGGCGAGGAGUAAAGAGGAUGAAGAUGGAAACAUAUUUGGCAGCGACAACGAGGGCGACGCAGAGAAGCAUGAAGACGAGGAGGAAAUCGAUCUGGAAAGCAUAGAUAUUGAUAAGAUCGACGACAACGAUGGGGAUCAGAGCAAUGAGGACGACGAGGAGAAGGCCGAGGCCCGCGAGCGAGCAGACUUGGAGAGCCUGGAGAAAAGGCGGGCCCUUGCACUACAAGCACAUGAGGUUUUCGAGAAAUCAAAAAAUAGUCUUUCUGUUGGAAAGGACUCCAGUGACAGCAACAACAAUACUAGGGUACUGUCUCCCGGUGAACCUGGUGGUUUUCCGCUUCCGGUGAGCAAUAAGCCUAAAAUAUGGUCCUUAGCAGAAACUGCCACGAGCCCUGACAGCUCGCAGAAACCAACGUCACCCUCUGGGCCUGCCGGUCACCCGGCGCCACAGAUCCAGCACCCAGCUUUCCUGUCGAGCCACGGACUUUACACAUGCCAGAUUGGGAAAUUUCACAAUUGGACAAAUGGCGCCUUUCUGGGCCAGAGCUCUCUGCUCAACGUCAGGUCCUUCCUGGGAGUAAAUCAGCAUCACCACAACCACCACAAUCAUCAGUUCCACACACAGCAGCCGUCCGCAGUGCUCCUGUCGUCGGUCGCCGCACUGAACCGCGAAAACAGCCCAGAAGACCUCAGCCCUAAACACUCAGAUCGAGAAAAUGUAGGAACUGAAUCACCGACACAGCCCCUGAAGUCAUCAUUCCGGCCUAUUCAUGAAAGCUCUAGAAAUCAGGAGGCGACGCAAAGAGUCUUGACAGCUCUGUCUUCAGCCUGAUGCAGACUUGAAGUGAGAAAAAAGACUGUUUUCCUUCACCCGAGGACUCUAAAAUCUCUGUAUCAGAACAAAAAACGAGAGAGGAAAAAUAAAUAAAGAAAUCACGGGGGUGCAUUGCUAAGAACCUGGCAGGGGAGUUGCUUUAUUACUGUACAUAAACUCCUGUGAUUAUUCACCCUUUUCCUUGGGAGGUUUGGUAGGCUUUUGUCUUUCCCGUGUUGGUGUUUUCCCUUUGUAUAUACAGUGAUAUAAUUAAUUUGUAAAUAGUGCGUUGACGGAGUUUGUUCAGAUCAUAUAUUUUGUUUAAUAAACUA